AUGAAUGACUUACUUCGCCCUUACUUAAGAAAAUUUAUACUUGUUUUCGUUGAUGAUAUUUUAAUCUACAGUGCUAAUUUUGAAGAUCAUCUAACACAUUUGCAGGUUGUUUUUGAGUUGCUAGCUAAGCAAGCAUUUUUUGUGAAGUUAUCUAAGUGUGUUUUUUCCGCAGUUCAAAUUGAGUACCAAGGACAUAUAAUUUCAGUCGGAGGUGUUGCACCGGAUUUAGAGAAAAUUAAAGCCAUUGUUGAUUGGCCAGCACCGCGUUCACUCUCGACACUCCGCGGCUUUUUAGGUCUCACCGGGUUUUAUCGCCGUUUUGUGAAAAGUUACGCCACUCUAGCCGCUCCCCUCACCGACUUGUUACGUUCCACUAAAUUCACAUGGAGUAUAGAGGCUGCUCAGGCCUUUACAUAG